AUGGCGGCCUCCGUGUUGAACGUGCUGCAAAGGCAGCUUCCUAGCUUUUCGACCUUGAGAAGUGCCUACGGAGUUCAGGUUUCCCUACAGGCUCUUUGCACCAAAACCUCUCCUGAGGAAGAUUCUUUGCCCUCAGCUCCCAUUUCUCCUUAUGAAGAUGAACCCUGGAAAUAUCUGGAUUCAGAAGAAUACCAGAAUCGCUAUGGUUCUCGCCCUGUCUGGGCUGACUACCGUCGCAACCACAAAGGUGGCGUGCCCUCUCAGCGAACUCGAAAGAUGUGUAUUCGUGGGAAUAAAGUUGCUGGGAACCCUUGCCCCAUCUGCCGGGAUCACAAGUUGCACGUUGAUUUUAGGAACGUGAAGCUCUUGGAACAGUUUGUUUGUGCCCACACGGGUAUCAUCUUCCACGCUCCAUACACAGGAGUCUGUAUGAAGCAGCACAGGAAGUUGACCCAGGCCAUUCAGAAAGCCAGGGAUCACGGUCUCCUCAGUUACCACAUUCCCCAAGUUGAACCCCGUGAUCUUGAUUUCAGUACUUCUCAUGGAGCUGUGAGUAGUACUCCACCAGCCCCCACUCUGGUUUCAGGAGACCCCUGGUACCCAUGGUACAGCUGGAAACAGCCCCCAGAGAGAGAGCUGUCUCGGCUCCGCCGGCUCUACCAGGGCCAUCUCCGAGAAGAGAGUGGCCCCCCGCCUGAGGCAAUGCCUGUGGUGCCCCCCACACCUCCAGCUGAAGCCUCCUCGGUGGAUCAGGUGGAGCCCCAGAAAGCUCCAUAG